CAAUCAGAGCGCCCAGAGCCUCGGCGAAUGAAGCUCGAGUGGAGAACUUUGUUGAACUUCAUUGUCAGAGCUGUCACUUUUCAAAGAGCUUUAACGGGCGGGCCACUAUAAAACCAUCACCUCGACGGGAGGACCACGGAGGACUCACAGACGCCCAAGUGGGAUCGUCACUUGGAGACGUUUACUAAACCCAAGAGAGGGCACCGCGGGGGCGGGAGGGGCGGGAAGCGAGGCAUUUACCCUCCGGCUACUGGAAGAAGGGUUAUUCCGCCCGCCCCGCGCCUAACAUGAUGUUCCCUGGCCUCCUCGCGCCCCCCGCCGGGUACCCCAGCCUCCUACGCCCCACGCCCACCUUAACGCUGCCCCAGUCCCUGCAGUCGGCAUUUUCCGGCCACUCGAGCUUCCUGGUGGAGGAUCUGAUCCGCAUCAGCCGGCCCCCCGCCUACCUGCCCCGCAGCGUACCCACCGCCAGCAUGUCGCCCCCUAGGCAGGGGGCCCCUGCGGCUCUCACGGACACCGGGGCCUCGGACCUGGGCUCCCCCGGUCCGGGCAGCCGGCGGGGAGGCUCUCCGCAGACGGCCGUCUCCCCUGCCAGCGAGCCCACGUUUCUGAAGUUUGGGGUAAACGCCAUCCUCUCCUCGGCGCCCAGAGAAUCAUCUCCUGCCUUGCUCCAGAGCGUCCCUCCCAAGACCUUCGCCUUUCCCUACUUUGAAGGCUCCUUCCAGCCUUUCAUCAGAUCUUCUUAUUUCCCAGCGUCCUCGAGCGUCGUGCCCAUCCCCGGGACCUUCUCCUGGCCGCUGGCCGCCCGCGGCAAGCCUCGCCGGGGCAUGCUGCGUCGAGCCGUGUUCUCCGACGUGCAGCGCAAGGCGCUGGAGAAGAUGUUCCAGAAGCAGAAAUACAUCAGCAAGCCGGACCGCAAGAAGCUGGCGGCCAAGUUGGGCUUGAAAGACUCACAGGUGAAAAUCUGGUUCCAGAACCGACGCAUGAAGUGGCGGAACUCCAAGGAGCGUGAGCUCCUGUCUAGCGGGGGCUGCCGCGAGCAGACCCUUCCCACCAAACUCAACCCGCACCCGGACCUCAGCGACGUGGGCCAGAAGGGCCCGGGGGACGACGAGGAGGAAGACGAGGCCCGGGGCAGCCCCCGCCACCGCCUGGCCUAUCACGCGGCCCCGGACGCUCGGCACCUGCAGGACCCGCGGCUCGAAGGGCCGCUGCCCCACUCGCCCGCGCACUCGAGCAGCCCCGGCAAACCUUCGGACUUCUCCGACUCGGAGGAGGAUGAGGAGGGCGAGGAGGAGGAGAUCACCGUGUCCUAGAAGCCCUCCCGCGCCGGGGUGCUGUGAAUAAGGGCUUUGAAAUUGAAGAGGUGGGAUCCAGUCUGCGUGUUCACUCAGUCCCCGCUGCCCAGAAGCCGCCGCUCCCCACUGCCACCCCGUCAAGGGCCCCCAGCCCCUUCCAUUGCCCGAAAUAACAUUUCCUUCCCCCACACCACCUGCCAACAUCCCUCUUACCUAGGUUAAAUUUAGGUCUUGGUCCCAGCCUUAACUCUUUCACGAGGGCUACUCUCUUGUUUAUUGCAAGGUAAUUUAAACACAGCGGGGGUCUCCACUCCCACAGCCUGGCGUUAGCUGUGAGCCAGGCCCCGCUGGCCUUCAGCAGCCACAACCCUCUAACGUAGGAAACCUUUUGUGGAGGAGAGCUAGGAGUCGAACCAUGGAGCGUGGACUCCAAGACCGCUGACUUCCUAGAUCCCUCCGCCUCCCUGUCUUAGGUAGCAAGGGCCUCCCAUCCAACUCCAGAGUGUGGUAACCCAGUCUUCCCAUAGCAGCGCCCUUAGAAAGCUCAAGAA